AUGCCUCGAGAUCCCCUUAUUGGCCUCGUCGGAAAGCCCUCGGCUGGUAAGAGCUCUACGCUCAACAGCUUGACGGACGCCACAUCCAAAGUUGGCAACUUCCCAUUCACUACGAUUGAUCCUCAGCGAGCUAUUGGCUAUCUUCAGAUCGAGUGUGCUUGCACCCGUUUCAAUGUAUCAGACAGGUGCAGACCGAACUAUGGUGCCUGCGUGGAGGGUCGCCGUUCUGUGCCUAUCGAGCUUCUUGACGUCGCUGGCCUCGUUCCUGGUGCCCACGAGGGUCGUGGUUUGGGUAACAAGUUCCUUGAUGACUUGCGUCACGCAGAUGCCCUUAUCCACGUUGUCGAUGUUUCCGGUACCGUUGACGCGGAAGGUAAGGAGACAAGAGGCUAUGACCCCUCCGUGGAUAUUGCAUGGCUGCGCAGCGAGAUUGUAGCUUGGGUUCUCGGCAAUCUCAUGCAAAAAUGGGGGUCUAUCCGACGAAGACACCAAGCCAUCAAGGCGACAGCCACAGAAACUUUGCAGGGACAGUUCUCUGGUUACGGAUCAACAUCAACUACUGUGAACCGUGCUUUGGACCGUUGUGGGCUCAAGGAACCUCUCGAGGAUUGGUCGAACGAGACCGUCGAGAUGGUUGUCAAUGCCUUUAUCGACGAGAAGUUUCCUACAGUUAUCGCUCUCAACAAGAUCGAUCAUCCGGAUGCCGACAAGAACAUCGCCAAGAUCGCCAAGCAGCAGGAUCCAAACACCAUUGUACUAUGCUCGGCAAUCUCGGAAAUCUUCUUGCGAAAGAUGGCCAAGCAGGGUUACGUCAAGUAUGUUGAAGGCAGCGAAUUCGUCGACACGAAGGAGGAUUUGAUAGAGCAGGGCGAUCCUACCGGUGGCGGCCUCAAAGACCUCGACGAGAAGAACCGCACCCGAAUUGAAAACCUCAAGGACAUGGUACUAUAUCGCUUUGGAUCUACAGGCGUUGUACAAGUGCUGUCAAAAGCCGCCGACCUGCUUGGCCUUGUCCCUAUAUUCCCUGUCCGAAACACGUCCACCUUCAGCUCUGGCGCUUCAGAGUCCAAGUUUGUCUUCCGAGAUUGCGUUCUUGUUAAGAAAGGGAGCACGGUUGGAGAUGUGGCCCGCAAAGUUAUGGGUGAUGCACCUAUUGCCUUUGUCGAAGGUGCUGGAAAUAUCCGAGUAUCUGAAGACGAUACUGUUGCUGUCGGCAAAAAUGAUGUCCUAUCUUUCAAGGUCGGAAGAGCCUAG